AUGGUGAAUCUAAACUUCACAUCGCCUUCCUCCGCUCUCUUCCAGGCCUUUCCGAGGUUCUCCUCCGAGAUAUCAAUGGUCUCCACCCAAGGCUCAAUCUUGUGCUCGGCAGCAAAGUUAAGCAUGUACUGGAUUUCGUCCGGCGACCCAAUUGCAGAUCCUUGUACGGAUGAAUUAUUGGCAAGCAACUUCACAGGCGAUAAUUCGAGAUUUUCGUUCGAAGGAGGAGCAGUGAUAAAGACAAACUUGCCCCUCGGAGCAAGCAUCGACAAAAGCUUGUCCAUGGAAGAUCCAGAGAAAGAACUUCCUGUAUUCACAAUUAGAUCCAACGUGUCGGCGUACUUUUCGAUAAAAUCCUCAUCGGCAGUAGCAGCAAAGUGGUCUGCACCAAGUUUUUUGGCCAAUUCCUUCUUUGAGUCCGUUCUGGAGAUGGCAGUGACUUCUGCACCAAGGGCUUUGGCGAAAAGAAUGGUCAUGUGGCCAAUUCCUCCGAUUCCCACGACCCCAACCUUGGUUCCCUUUCCAACGUUAUUUUGGAGAAGAGGUGCAAAGCCAGUGAUGCCUCCACACAAAAGUGGAGCGGCAUGUUCUGUCUUGAGCAGUUCUGGGAUGUUAAAGACAAACUGCGAGUUGACCCGAAUAUGUGAAGCGUUUCCUCCAAUGGUCUUGAAACCAGUCUCUUUGUUCACGCCAAAGUACGUGGCCACUAGGUUUCUGCAGUUGCACUGGAAAUUCUUUCUUGCAAGCAAUGCACGUGUUGUCACAGUCACAUUGGGCCCCCACCCCGACUCUGUCUCCAACUUUAAUGCCUUCUUUGGCCUUUGGACCGACCUUCACCACUUUUCCAACAAUCUCGUGUCCCACAGCCACAGGUGCAUAGGGACGGCCCCAUUCUCCACUUACGGCAUGAAUGUCGGAACCACAGACACCACAGGCUUCAAUUUCUAUGUCCACGUCGUAAUCUCUAAACUCUUGCGGCUUGUACUCGAAAGAUUUUGGGUGCAACCAGUCGUCAAAGUCAACGACACCGACUGCUUUGAAAGUUUCUGGAUAGACCAUUGUGUAAUAGUGAUUAUACUUGUUUGUGGUUUCAUGAACAGAAGGUAA